CAUCCUGUGGCAGAGAGAAAACGCCAGGAAGAAGGCAAACUUGAAAAACUCUAACCCCUUCGCUUUUAAUUUCUCGACUGCACUGCAACUGAUCAGAAUGUCGGGGGCUUCUGUGAAGGUGGCUGUUCGGGUCCGGCCCUUCAAUUCCCGAGAGACCAGCAAAGAAUCCAAAUGUAUCAUCCAGAUGCAAGGCAAUUCAACAAGUAUUGUCAACCCAAAGAAUCCCAAGGAAGCACCAAAGUCCUUCAGCUUUGACUACUCCUAUUGGUCCCAUACAUCGCCUGAGGAUCCCUGCUUUGCAUCGCAGAGCCGUGUGUACAAUGAUAUCGGGAAGGAGAUGCUGCUGCAUGCCUUUGAGGGCUACAAUGUAUGCAUUUUUGCCUAUGGGCAAACUGGAGCUGGGAAGUCCUACACAAUGAUGGGCAAGCAAGAGGAGAGCCAAGCAGGCAUAAUCCCACAGCUAUGUGAAGAACUGUUUGAGAAAAUCAAUGACAACAGCAACGAAGAAAUGUCCUAUUCUGUAGAGGUGAGUUAUAUGGAGAUUUAUUGUGAAAGGGUCAGAGACUUGUUAAACCCGAAGAACAAGGGGAAUUUGCGUGUGCGAGAACACCCUCUGCUCGGACCGUAUGUGGAAGAUCUGUCCAAGCUAGCAGUCACGUCUUACACAGACAUUGCGGACCUCAUGGAUGCUGGGAACAAAGCCAGGACUGUGGCAGCUACCAACAUGAAUGAAACCAGUAGCCGCUCUCAUGCUGUGUUUACAAUUGUCUUCACUCAGAAGAAACAUGAUGCAGAAACUGAUCUUUCCACAGAAAAGGUCAGCAAGAUUAGCCUUGUGGAUCUGGCUGGGAGUGAGAGAGCUGAUUCAACUGGUGCCAAAGGAACUCGACUGAAGGUAUCAGGCCACUGAUGCAUGGGGAAAGGAAGGGAAGUUGUUGUACAAGCAGAUAACUGCACCAGCAAGAGUAAAAAAAAGAAGAAGACAGACUUCAUACCGUACAGGGAUUCUGUAUUAACGUGGCUACUUCGAGAAAAUCUAGGUGGGAACUCCAGAACUGCCAUGGUUGCUGCUUUGAGUCCAGCAGACAUCAACUAUGAUGAGACUUUGAGCACUUUAAGAUAUGCUGAUCGUGCAAAGCAGAUUAAAUGCAAUGCCGUUAUCAAUGAAGACCCUAAUGCCAAGCUGGUGCGUGAGCUGAAGGAGGAGGUGACACGGCUUAAGGAUCUUCUGCGUGCCCAAGGACUGGGAGAUAUUAUUGACAUUGAUCCAAUGGGAGAUGAAUACUCUGGAAGUGGAGGCAAAUAUUUGAAAGAUUUUCAGAACAAUAAACAUAGAUACUUGCUAGCCUCCGAGAAUCAACGUCCUGGCAAUUUUUCCACAGCCUCCAUGGGGUCCCUCACUGCCUCUCCGUCCUCCUGCUCUCUCAAUAGCCAGGUGGGCUUAACGUCUGUGUCCAGUAUACAGGAAAGAAUCAUGUCAACACCUGGAGGAGAAGAGGCAAUUGAACGUUUGAAGGAAUCUGAGAAGAUCAUUGCAGAGUUGAAUGAAACGUGGGAAGAGAAGCUGCGGAAAACUGAGGCCAUUAGGAUGGAAAGGGAGGCAUUGCUGGCAGAAAUGGGAGUUGCCAUUCGUGAAGAUGGAGGAACGCUGGGAGUCUUCUCACCUAAAAAGACUCCUCAUCUUGUAAACCUUAAUGAAGAUCCACUCAUGUCUGAAUGUCUGCUUUACUACAUCAAAGAUGGUAUUACUAGGGUUGGCCAAGCUGAUGCUGAGCGAAGGCAAGAUAUCGUAUUGAGUGGGGCUCACAUUAAAGAAGAACACUGUAUCUUUCGAAGUGAGAGGAACAACAAUGGUGAAGUUAUUGUUACUUUGGAGCCUUGUGAACGAUCAGAAACCUAUGUUAAUGGCAAGAGGGUAGUGCAGCCUGUGCAGCUGCGCUCAGGCAAUCGUAUCAUCAUGGGUAAAAACCAUGUCUUCCGAUUCAACCAUCCGGAACAAGCACGAGCAGAAAGAGAGAAAACGCCAUCCGCUGAGACUCCCUCUGAGCCAGUUGACUGGACAUUUGCUCAGAGGGAGCUUCUGGAGAAGCAGGGCAUCGACAUGAAACAGGAGAUGGAGAAAAGACUACAGGAAAUGGAGAUUUUGUAUAAGAAGGAGAAAGAGGAAGCUGAUCUCUUGUUGGAGCAGCAAAGGCUGGACUAUGAGAGUAAGCUCCAGGCCUUACAGAAGCAGGUAGAGACUCGAUCCUUGGCAGCUGAAACAACAGAGGAAGAAGAGGAAGAAGAAGAAGUGCCCUGGACACGGCAUGAAUAUGAACUAGCUCAGUGGGCUUUCAGGAAAUGGAAAUUUCACCAGUUCACUUCAUUAAGGGACCUACUCUGGGGAAAUGCAGUGUAUCUGAAAGAAGCCAAUGCAAUCAGUGUAGAGUUAAAGAAAAAGGUGCAGUUUCAGUUUGUUCUGCUGACAGACACCCUCUACUCACCACUGCCACCAGAACUUUUGCCCACUGAGAUGGAGAAGACACGGGACAACAGGCCUUUUCCCCGGACUGUGGUAGCUGUGGAAGUCCAGGAUCUGAAGAAUGGAGCAACGCAUUACUGGUCCUUAGAAAAACUCAAGCAGAGGUUGGAGCUGAUGCGAGAGAUGUAUGACAGAGCUGGGGAAAUGACAUCAAAUACACAGGAUGAGAGCGAAAGCACAAUGACUGGCAGUGACCCCUUUUAUGAUAGAUUUCAUUGGUUCAAGCUCGUUGGAAGCUCCCCCAUUUUCCAUGGCUGCGUCAAUGAGCGUCUUGCUGAUCGCACACCCUCCCCUACUUUCUCUACGGCUGAUUCCGACAUCACCGAACUGGCUGAUGAACAGCAGGAUGAGAUGGAUGACUUUGACGAGGCCUUUGUGGAUGAUACUGGCUCCGACGCUGGAACUGAGGAGGGAUCGGACCUCUUCAAUGAUGGGCACGACCCGUUUUACGACCGGUCCCCUUGGUUCAUUUUAGUGGGAAGAGCGUUUGUAUACCUGAGCAAUCUACUGUACCCAGUGCCUCUUAUUCACAGAGUUGCUGUUGUUAGUGAGAAAGGAGAAGUACGAGGAUUUCUGCGGGUAGCAGUGCAAGCUAUAGCAGCUGAUGAAGAAGCCCCAGAUUAUGGAUCUGGCAUUCGACAGUCUGGCACAGCUAAAAUUUCAUUUGACAAUGAAUAUUUUAAUAAGAGUGAUUUUUCUUCAGUUGCAAUGACUCGAUCUGGACUGUCAUUAGAAGAAUUAAGAAUUGUGGAAGGGCAGGGUCAGAAUUCGGAGGUCAUCACUCCUCCGGAGGAGAUCAACAGAAUGAAUGACCUAGACCUGAAGUCAGCCACUUUGCUAGAUGGAAAGAUGACUAUGGAAGGAUUCACUGAGGAAAUUGGAGAUCACUUGAAAUUGGGUAGCGUGUUUACCUUCCGUGUGACAGUGCUACAAGCCAGCGGCAUCCUCCCUGAAUAUGCAGAUAUUUUCUGCCAGUUCAACUUUUUACAUCGACACGAUGAAGCUUUCUCGACUGAACCUCUCAAAAACAAUGGCCGAGGGACUCCCCUUGGGUUUUACCAUGUUCAGAAUAUUGCUGUGGAAGUGACGGAAUCAUUUGUGGAGUACAUCAAAACGAAGCCUAUUGUGUUUGAAGUUUUUGGGCACUAUCAGCAGCACCCUCUCCACCUGCAAGGACAGGAUCUCAACAGCCCUCCACAGCCAUCCCGAAGAUUCUUUCCUCCCCCCAUGCCACUCUCAAAGCCAGUGCCAGCUACAAAACUAAAUACUAUGAACAAACCGAACUUGGGCCACAGCGUGAGCAAAUAUGACCUCCUUGUCUGGUUUGAGAUCAGCGAAUUGGAGCCAACGGGGGAGUAUAUUCCUGCUUCACCAGUUAGUGUUGGGGAAAUACUUCACCAGUGUAAAAUUUCCUUCUUUGAACUGUACCAGGGAAUCCAGCGCAGAAUCACGGUCACCAUUAUCCAUGAGAAGGGUAAUGAGUUACACUGGAAAGAUGUGCGAGAGUUGGUUGUUGGACGUAUAAGAAACAAAGCAGAGGUAGAUGAAGCUGCUGUGGAUGCUAUUCUGUCUUUGAAUAUUAUCUCUGCAAAAUACCUGAGGUCCUCUCACAGCUCCAAUAGGACUUUUUAUCGAUUUGAAGCAGUUUGGGACAGCUCUUUGCAUAACUCUCUUCUCCUCAAUCGAGUGACUCCAUAUGGAGAGAAGAUAUAUAUGACCUUGUCUGCUUACCUGGAGCUUGACCACUGCAUCCAACCUGCUGUGAUAACAAAGGAUGUUUGUAUGGUCUUUUACUCGCGAGAUGCCAAGAUCUCACCGCCUCGAUCACUACGCAAUCUCUUUGGCAGUGGCUACUCCAAAUCUCCAGAUUCCAAUCGAGUAACUGGGAUCUAUGAACUAAGUUUAUGCAAAAUGGCAGACACAGGAAGUCCAGGAAUGCAGAGGAGAAGAAGGAAAGUCCUAGAUACAUCUGUGGCAUAUGUGCGUGGAGAAGAGAACCUGGCAGGUUGGAGGCCCCGUGGUGACAGCCUCAUUCUAGAACAUCAGUGGGAACUGGAAAAAUUGGAGCUGCUGCAUGAGGUGGAAAAAACUCGACAUUUCCUUCUGCUCCGUGAAAAGCUUGGUGACAGCAUCCCCAAGUCCCUGAGUGACUCAUUGUCUCCCAGUCUGAGCAGUGGAACCCUCAGCACCUCCACCAGCAUUUCUUCCCAAAUUUCUACCACCACUUUUGAGAGUGCUGUCACCCCUAGUGAAAGCAGUGGCUAUGACUCAGCUGAUAUAGAGAGCCUGGUGGAUCGGGAGAAAGAGCUGGCCACCAAGUGUCUGCAGCUUCUUACUCACACUUUCAAUCGUGAAUUUAACCAGGUGUACAACAGCAUCAGUGAUUGUAAGUUGUCUGAUAUUUCUCCAAUUGGGCGGGACCCAUCAGUGUCCAGUUUCAGCAGUGCUACCCUCACUCCUUCAUCUACCUGUCCUUCUCUAGUAGAUUCAAGAUGCAAUUCAAUUGAUCAGAAGACCCCAGAAGCAAAUUCUCGUGCCUCCAGUCCCUGUCCAGAGUUGGAACAGUUUCAGCUCAUUCCUGCAGUAGAAACUUCCUAUAUUGCCAGAGCUGGAAAGAAUGAAUUCCUAAACCUUGUUCCUGAUAUUGAGGAAAUCAGACCAGGCUCUGUAGUCUCAAAGAAAGGAUACCUCCACUUCAAAGAGCCACUCUCCAGCUCUUGGGCCAAGCAUUUUGUGGUGGUCCGCCGUCCAUAUGUUUUUAUUUACAACAGUGAUAAAGAUCCUGUGGAACGAGGAGUCAUAAACUUAUCCACGGCUCAGGUGGAGUACAGCGAGGAUCAGCAAGCAAUGGUAAAGACACCCAACACCUUUGGUGUAUGUACAAAGCACCGUGGGGUCCUGCUCCAGGCCAUCAAUGACAAAGACAUGAACGACUGGUUAUACGCCUUCAACCCACUUCUUGCUGGCACGAUACGGUCAAAACUGGCUCGAAGACGCACGGGCCAGCUGAAGUACUGAGUCCAUGUAACGUUCUCAUCUGUUUCCCUAACUCGCCUUCUGAUAGAUAAAGUGUUACCUCUCAUUUUCUCUUUGUGAUUCUUGACAGUUUCUCUUGUAUGUAAUCCUGUGGCUUAACGUCCCCUACCUUCCCAACUCUUUCAGCACAUUUUCUAGCUAUUCUAACCCUACCUUUUUUCUUUUAACUUGUGCUGAGAACCCUACUAGUAGCAUGUGGCCAAACAAAAAGGAAAAAAAAAAGAAAAAAAAAAAGAAAAAAGGAAUUGAGUGAUUAUGCACGACUCUAAAAAGAAAAAAAAAGUUAUUUAUUUUUUGUUAUAAUUGUUUUCCCAUUCCAACUGACCUUUCGGUGUCUGUCCCACUGUCCGUGUUGUCUGUCUAAAAUGCUCUAGAUUUUUCAUUCAGUUUAUGAUUUGGCAGUCAUCACUGGUUCCCUCAGUUGUAACGCCAGGGGAAGAUUAUUCCUUCUGUAGACAUGACCCAGCCAGGAACUGCAAUAGCUCCUCAGCCUUUCUGGAUCCAGCCUCUGAUUUAAACCCUGUUGAAAGCUGAUAUUGGAUAAACCUAUCUGGGCAGCUUGGAUUUUGGACUGGUGCAAGUAUUUGAGUUUCCAGGGUCGAGCAGGUGAGGGCAUGACCUGAGAAAAGAUAAGGAAACAAAUCAAGAGGGUGUGGCUGGAGAGAUCUGCCUUUGAACUCUUGCUGUGGCGGUGCAGAUGAGCAGUGCCUGGCUCUGCCGCUCCCUGAGAACAUGUACGCUCCUCUGCCUCAGAGCUCAGCUGAGCAGACAGAACUUGCGCUCCUGUGAGGAAAAAUAAACGACAUCACUUAAAUAUUUGGUAUAAUCCCUGAAGUUUGAGAUGCUCAGCCUCAUAUUUGAUGUGAAUGGCGUUAAGCUGAAAAAAGCCAGCAUUGUUGUUCCCUAGAGCGUGUUCAGGAGAUGACCGCAUGGGGGCAAUAAUUCCCUUUUCUGCUUUUAGUUUGGCUUCUGAGUUGCUGUAGCAGCAGUUCUCACUUCCCUCUCCUGGAAGAGAUUUACAAUUUUAACUGGCAGAUUAUGGAAGACUGCUCUGAGCAAUGUAUUUGGCAUCUUUCUGAAAGGCUUGCUUUAUGCAUGCAUCCCUUAUCUGUAAGAUUCAGAUGACAUCCAGUCUGUCCCUGGCAAAGCAUCCUCUCCCUAGAAAAUACUUUCUAAACCUAGCACUUGCGGUAUUCUCCAGGCACCAAUAGAAAGCUUUCACUUCUCCUUGGAAUAACUGUUGAACAUCUCCUAUCUCCUUGCUGCAAUGUUCCUCAACUAAAAACCCUUAAUUACUUUUAACUCUCAGAGAUGGUUCUUCCUGGAGGACAGAUCAAGUGGACUCCAGUCCUGGUCAGUGGGGUGUAAUAACUGGCUUUUUGGAGAUCAGUUAGGUGAUGUGUUAGUUCUUGGCCUACAAUGCAAGUUCUCCCUGUGGGCAGAGCUUUGAUCCUUGCCCCAAGAAAGGGACGCAGAAUGAGUUCCCUUCUGAGAAGUAAAUUCAUCUCUCUCAGAUUUUCAGGGAGGUUGGGAUUUUUUGGUUUAACUGUUUCAGACUGCUGUGCUAUACUUUUCUGACUUAGCUUGGGCACUGAUAGGGCUAGCUGUGAUCCUGGGGAACGUACAGGGGUUUCAUCCUAAGGUUCCUGCCUCUCAGGGUGGAAGUAGAAGGGGUUUGUUCCAUUGUUACAGUAGGCACGUUCAGGAAAAAAUCGUUUUGUGACACCAGCUCAGGAAGGUUAUUGUCAUUCAGAUCAUUCAUCACCGAGUCAUGCCAUGCAUUGGAAGUUCUGUGGCCAGAAGCGCGCGUGGGACUGUCAGCAGUUGAGCAAUUUUUUUUUUAGCUUUAUGGUUUUUUUUGCUUCUGCAGUAAAGUGCAGUGCACAAUGGCAGCUCCUAAAAGCAUGAUUGGAAAAGGGGCAGGGAGAUGGAGUCUGACACUUGCUAGGACAUAUCUUUAUAUAUUUCAAGAUAGUACUCCAGCUGAACUGUAUACUCAUCCUGUCUCCUGUGGUCCUCAGGCUUGUUUCAGAACUGGAACUCAGAGUGAGGGAGCGUCCUGGGGACCCAAGAGCGUAAUAUGGAAAAUUAUUUUCUUUUCUCUAGCUGCGUCUUGUUUAAAUUGUGUGACUUGAUAUAGUGAUGAUGUUUCUUUGUAAUGGACGAUAUGCACUUCAAGUGUACGUGCAAAUAAGACGGCUGGUGCUGAAAGAGGGCUCCCCAAACUGGAGCUGAGCAGAUGUCAAGUUGUAUUAAGAAUGAAUUAGGUUAAUUUUAAGCACUAAGUUGUUGCUGCCACCACCACUGUUUGUAAUAAAGGUGGAACCAGUCUGAGGAGAAGAGGAGGGGUAGCAAUUCAGGUGGUAUGUGAUGCACUGAGAACGUUUUUGUUUUUAUCUCUCUUUUUUUUUUCUUUUUUAACUAGAACAAAACUAGUUUAAGUCUUUGCUUUGGAUAAGCCAGAAAAUGAACUAAGGGGAUAUAGGUAUUGCACGGAAACGUGAUUAAGGAACUCUUCCUUUGAAAGCAGGAAGAGACAGAUGCUUACUUUUUACAGAGCUGGAAAUGUACAGCAGCGUUGCAUAAAUGUUAUCCUUAUAUCUAAGGACUCCAAGCAGCUUCAGACGGCUUGAUGUAUAUGAAUAACAGGUUGUCAAAAGAGCAAAAUUCUAUUUUUAAGCAUCGGUAUGUCUUAACACCUCAUAAUCUGUGACAAAAUAGAUUCUUGUCCUGUGGAGUUCAAAUGGGCAUUACUGUUUUCAGGUCUGAUAUCAAAGUAUGCCGUUACAGAGAUUUUCAACGGUUAGUGAAGCCUCGUUUGAGAUAGCAGUUUCCCUACUCCUUCAAAUUGGAGUGAAAGACAAUUCAAGUUUUAAUUAAAAAAAAAAAAAA